AUGGCGAGUCAGUACCAGCGCUCAGUACCGCUGGAGGUGAGGAGAGCGGAGGGCGAGCGCGUCCGGGCAAAACAUCCUGACAAGAUUCCGAUCAUUGUGGAGAGAGCCCAUAGGUCACGAGCUCCUGAUUUGGAUAAGAAGAAGUACUUGGUGCCCUCAGAUUUAACAGUGGGCCAGUUGUGUUUCCUCAUCCGUCAACGAGUGUCAUUGAGACCAGAGGAGGCGCUUUUCUUCUUCGUCAACAACUCCCUGCCCCCUUCUAGUUCCCCACUUUCUGCCGUCUAUGAGGAGCACCAUGAUGAGGACCUUUUCCUCUACAUGACGUACAGCAACGAAAGCGUCUACGGCGCCUGA